AUGCUCAUUGAUGUCACAAUGCUGAGCACCCGGUGGACGGCGAGCGGAAUGUUUCGGAGCGUGCGGCGGGUUUACGACAAUCAAAAGUCGUACUCCAUGGGCCAUGCGGGUGCGGCGCUGGGUCUCUUGGAGGAGGUCAUCGAUGACAAGCCCGCGACUUUGGUCAGCAGGCUCAAGCUAGAGCCAUACAAGUCUAUCUCAUCGGCCCCAGGCUUGUCCCGCAGGCCGCGGGAGAAUUUGACCGAAUCGACGGGUACAGCAGACCUCAGGGCGACAGGUGGAGGCGAGGUGGGCGUUGCUGCUGACACCGUGUCCAUGUCAGCAGCUGCCAACGCUGGCAGAGCCGAACAAUGUUCGUCCAAUGCUGUCCAGUCCGAGCUAUGGCCGAGCCUCUUGCUCGCUUUCUGUGGGCAAGACACUAGCCAGCCAAGCGGACAAAUGCCUUCAAAUGAUGUUAGGAUCACCGAAACCCUUCCGGACGGUGCCAUCAUCCCAAGUUGGUGUAAUGUCUGGAGCCCAGUCCACUCUCCGAAAUCUCCCCAACCUUCCGGGCUCUGCAGGCGGGCCAGUCAAAGGGCGCCAUCAUCCGGUUUCACCAAUGCUGAGGGUCCCUCACCUCCUCCGGAUGACAGGGGGAGCCCUGAAGAGAAUGGCCGACUGCGGUAUAGGUGUCUGACUUGGAGAGGCUUCCGGGCCCAGCCACCCUUGGGCCAGAGAGCGCUCUUCAGCAGUGCCGCUAUUUUGCGGUUCUUGGCGGCGAGUGCGAAGAAUUCCAUGUGUUAUUCUGGUGUUUCAACCUUACGCAAAGCACGCCUUCACGCCUCUGCUGCCGCCCCUGUGCCGUCUUCUAUCGUGUUGUUGCGUGGUGUCUCGCCUUGA